AUGUCGGGCCUUGUCAAUAAGCCAACGAAAGCAGGCAAAUCGAUCGACCGCGAGGACGUGUUCAAGUACACGAACGGACGUUUCUUAGCAAACGAGAAGAAAGCGAUUGAUCGCAGAUAUGUAACAUUCGAUCUAGAUCAGCUUUGUGCAGUAGCUGCGACUACUGGUGGGCGGCACUCACCCGUCUGCGCGAUCGACAAGAUGGAAGGAGGGUUCAGCAAAGCACUUCUUUUGCGCAAAGAAGAUGGCAGCGAGAUCGUUGCGAAGAUACCCUUUCCUAUCGCAGGGCCGCCCAAGUACACCACGGCGUCGGAGGUGGCUGUUCUCAAAUACCGUACGUCCUCGUUGUUCUGGAGGCCUGCGUGA